GCCCCCUGCGCCGAACAGCGCUGCUCGGCGCAGAGGAAGCCCAGAAAGAGGCUCGAGUCCCGGGAGGCGAGCUGCAGACAUGGACCCGCUGGCGGCUGCCAUUGACCAGGGAACCAGCUCCACCAGGUUCCUGGUGUUCAACACUAAAACAGCCCAGCUGAUCAGCCACCACCAGGUGGAGCUCAAGCAGCAUUUCCCCAAAGAAGGGUGGGUGGAGGCGGACCCCAGGGAGAUCAUGGACACCGUCCACGAGUGUCUGGAGAAGACCUGCCAGAAGCUGGCGCAGCUCAGUGUGGACGUGUCCCGCAUCAAAGCGGUGGGGGUGACCAACCAGAGAGAAACCACCCUGGUCUGGGACAAGGAGACCGGAGAACCGCUCUACAACGCCAUCGUCUGGCUGGACCUGAGGACGCAGUCCACUGUGGAGAGACUCAUCACCAAAACUCCCAGCAGGAGCAAGAACCACCUGAAGCAUAAGACCGGUCUGCCCAUCAGCACUUACUUCAGUGCUGUGAAACUCCGUUGGUUGCUGGACAAUGUGGAGGCGGUGCAGCAGGCGGUUCUGAGUAAGAGGGCCAUGUUUGGGACCGUGGACUCCUGGAUCAUCUGGAGUCUGACGGGUGGCCGAGACGGAGGAGUCCACGUCACGGACGUGUCCAACGCCAGCCGCACCUUGCUGUUCAACAUUCACAGCCUGGACUGGGACCCCGAGCUCUGCAGUUUCUUUGACAUCCCGAUGGAAAUCCUGCCCACCGUCAGAAGUUCCUCUGAGAUCUAUGGCCGCAUGAGGUCUGGCUCGCUGGCAGGGGUUCCCAUCUCGGGGUGUCUCGGGGACCAGUCAGCAGCCCUGGUCGGUCAGAUGUGCUUUGAGGAGGGUCAGGCCAAAAACACGUACGGGACGGGAUGCUUCCUGCUCAGGAACACAGGAACCAAGCCGGUGACGUCCGAACACGGCCUGAUCACCACAGUCGCCUACAAGCUGGGGAGGGACAAGCCAGCCUGCUAUGCGCUGGAGGGUUCGGUGGCUAUAGCAGGAGCAGUGAUUCGCUGGCUGAGGGACAACAUGUGCAUUGUGCAGUCGUCCUCUGAGAUCGAGCAGCUAGCAGCUGAAGCAGGAACGUCCUACGGCUGCUACUUCGUUCCAGCGUUCUCCGGCCUCUACGCUCCGUACUGGGAGCCGAGUGCCAGAGGCAUCAUCUGCGGCCUCACCCAGUUCACCAACAGGAGCCACUUGGCAUUCGCCGCCCUGGAGGCCGUCUGCUUCCAGACCAGAGAGAUCCUGGACGCCAUGAACCAGGAUUGCUGCAUCCCGCUGCCGGUGCUGGGCGUGGACGGAGGCAUGACGGGGAACCGGCUGCUGAUGCAGCUGCAGGCCGACAUCCUCUGCAUCCCCGUCGUGCGGCCCAGCAUGUCCGAGACCACGGCUCUGGGUGCAGCCAUGGCGGCCGGCGCCGCUGAGGGUGUGGAGGUCUGGAGCCUGAACCCGGAUCAGCUGCCUGAGGUCACGGCUGAGCGAUACCAGCCUCAGAUCAACACCCAGGAGAGCGAGUUGCGCUUCGCUCGCUGGAAGAAGGCCGUCCAGAAAUCCAUGAACUGGGAGACAUCAGAGACCAGUUGCACCAGUAACGGUCGGCAGCAGGGAUCCAACUGAGUCCACAUGGUGGUACCGGGUACAGUGCUGGUUCUGGAGAUGAAACCGACCCUGGAGCUUCUGAAAGAACCGGCCUAGUUUAAGUUUUGCUCAUUUAAACCAGUGAUGUUAGAGCGGGACCACCAGAACCGUUUCCAACCCAACCAGAACCUUUUGUCUUGGACCUCAUUUGUUCCAGAUGAAGGUUCGGUCCAACUUCACUUGGGUUUCUGGCAGAACCUCAGCCAGAAACCCAGUUCUGACCCGGUUCUGACCCACUGUGAACAUAAUCUAGAAACGAUCAACAGAAGUUUAAACCUGGAGAAUCGGAUCCAGAUUCAAAUGUGGAAAUGUUUUUAUUGUCAUCCUGAGAUACUUGAUUAACUGAGCAGAAGAUUUUAGACCAGAAUAAAUGUCUUCAAAAUAAAAACUUCAUUUUAA